UUGGAGUUUCAGCUUCAACAUCAGUCCCUUCAAUGAACACCCAGGACUGAUCUCCUUUAGGAUGGACUGGUGGGAUUUGUGUGCCUUUCCCCAUUUUCGGUGCUGGGUGUGCCCCGUUAAACCUGGGGCCCUCAGUUUGAAAUCCACUAGUUCACUUUUAAAGUGGUUCUCUGGUUUCUGCCCCGUUCAGUCCACCCAUAGCCCCUAGUCCCUCCCAGAAUUUGUGAAUAGAAAGGAUGUAACAGGUCCCUCAGCAGAGAGCAAGGUAGGGCCGGUGUUUGGGAACUAGGGCUGGAUUGUUGGGGUCACCCCCGGGUGUAACUGCCCAUCUAAAUUAGGUCUGGCCUGGGUGCUGGACUUAAUAUGGUUCCUGACUGCUCCUGGAUCAGGCUAGUGGGGUUCCAGGAACUAAUGUAUUCAGCUAGUAAGUGUCAGUUCUUGCGCUUUUCCUUAUCCACUCACUCUGGACAGUGUUAAGAACACAGCAUGACCGAGGUGUUCUUGGACCCUGCCCUCAAGGGGCUCCCAGUCCAGAGGUGACAGACCUUUCGUGGAAUGGUGACGGCAUCAAGGUCAGCUCAGAGCUUGGGGUGGGUGAGGGGUGUGGUAAGGGCUUCCUGAAGGAGGAAAUUUUUAAGUGGGAGUGAUCUGGGAUAAAAGAUUGCAUCCCCACAGCCUGUCCUUCCCUGGCAACUUGUCAUUUCUUCAUUCCCUCUGGCAUGCUGUGCUCCUGGCCCCUUUUGAGGGACAAGACUGGGAUGCAGGAGGGGCCAGUUCAGCCCCACCUCUUCCUUCACAGAACUCAGAGCCUUCUGAAGGGGACACGGGCUAUAAAAAAGGGAGGAGGAAGGUUGACUACUUUUGAGGUCAAAUGUGAGGCAUCUGACAUGAGAUGGAGCCAAGGUUGAUGCCUAUCUGGGCUACAAGUGACCCUGAAGUGGCCUCCCUGCUGAGAGGGCCUCAGGCCCUCUAGGCUGGGAAGUCCCCCCAGCUGCAGGUCCAUGUGUUGGGCAAGAGUGCCCUCUGCUGGCCUCUCUUGGCAACAUCUAAGUGUGGCCAGUCCCCAUCUAUUCCAAGCAGCAAAUGAGCCACUUUGCUCCAGAUCCCUUAUCCUGGGAGUGCAAAUAGGAAGUUACUCCUCUGCUUUCAGCCAUAAUAUCAGGGUUACUGCAUCAGCCUCCUCACAGAUCUUGCUGUCCUCCAGUCCCUUACCCUGAUGCCCUCACCUUCUUCUAGCUCUCCACAGGAUAAAGGAGCUCAAGCUACUUAAUUCGGCUUACGUGGCCCACAUGCCUGGGCCUGGUGACCUCACUGGCUUUAUCUUUUGCCACUCCUCUUUCAAACUUCAGAUCCCUAGGCUGUUCAAGGAGAGUCACAAAUCCCUUUUAGGCUCUAAAUACCAUGAACUUCUGCCUUGGAAACCCAUGUGUACUUGGAACUUUGCAUAGAUUCAUGAGAUUCUCCGAUCCUUGCAGUUUGCUCAGGGCCAAGUUAGAAUUUUCCUAUUCCUUGACCAUACUGAAGUCCUUGCAGCAAACAGAACUAUGGAUACCCACCUUCCCUUCCAGGGCUUUGCCUUGCCCACUUCCUACAUGAGAUCUUUCUCUACCUCCCUCUUACCCUAAUUCCUGCUCAUCUUUCAGGUCUCAGGGUAUCCUUUACUCCCAGAAAGAAACUUUCCCUGGGCCCUCCAGGCUGGGAUGGACAGCUCCCUUAGCUGAACCUGUGGGUCCAUCAGCCCUGCCCAUUCGGUCACUGGGCACUUGAAUGCCAGUCUUUACCAGUCCUUACCCAUCACCUAGGGCAAAUCAAGACCAAGGUCGCCUUUCCACACCUGCAGAUUCUUCAGGUCCUGGAAACACAAAGUGGGACGUUCAGUCUCUGAUCUCACCACCAAUCAUGCUAACCAGGGACUGGGUGUGAUGACAGGCAUGCUACAAGACUUAGCAAAUAUUCUUUGAGGUGGUGAAGAGGAUAGACUGAGGUCAACCAGAGCCCAAGCACUCAGAGGUCAUGAAGGGUGGUGAUUCAUCCAUUCCCAAAUGAAGCAUGCUCGACUCUGGGAUCAGUAGCGCACGGGUUGAACAGUGCUUCCCUCCUGAUACCCCACAAUUUCGUAGCGGUUCAGGUUGGCGGGGGUGGCACGGAAGAGCCUAUCUGACCCUGGCGCCCUUUUCCUGCCCUGCUGGGGUGGGCGGGGCCGGACAGCAGCACGCGUGCGCAUAGGAAGGGCUGCCUUCGUCCCGGAACUUUCGUUCCUGGUGCCAUGGAGCACCCGGUCCCAGGAAAGUACUCAGCCGGAAGUGGCCUCUAAGGACCUGCGUCCGGAAUUGGUGUUAGGACCUCGCCACGGCGGGUAACAAGUAGAGAAUCGAGAUGGAGGCCGUAACGACCGCGACUGCGGCGAGGGAACCUGGUGAAGGCCGCACUGAGCCCAGUCCUGGGCACUGGGGGGAGCUGAGCUGGACGCCGGUCCUAUCCAGACCUCAGGACAAGGCGGAAGCAGCAGAGGGAACACCCAGGGCCCUAGACGCCGACGCCCCUGAGGUGGAGGACCCGGCGGUGAGUGCCAUGCUUCACGCAGUGGCUGCCAGCCGCCUGCCCGUGUGCAGCCAGCAGCAGGGCGAGCCCGACCUAACGGAGCGGGAGAAGGUGGCCAUCCUGGGCCAGCUGUACCACGAGAAGCCGCUGGUGUUCCUGGAGCGCUUCCGCACAGGCCUCCGGGAGGAGCAUCUGGGCUGCUUUGGACACUUGCGCGGUGACCACCGCGCAGACUUCUACUGUGCCGAGGUGGCCCGGCAAGGCACCACCCGGCCCCGCACGCUGCGCACCCGCCUGCGUAACCGCCGCUACGCUGCUCUGCGUGAGCUCAUCCAAGGGGGCGAAUACUUCAGCGACGAGCAGAUGCGCUUCCGGGCCCCACUGCUGUACGAGCAGUACAUCGGGCAGUACCUGACCCAGGAGGAGCUCAGCGCCCGCACCCCAGCCCACCGGCCGCCCACGCCUGGCCCCCCCGGCACGCCCACCUGCCCGCUCUCCGACCUGCUGCUCCAGUCCUACCAGGAGCGGGAGCUGCAGCAGCGGCUGCUCCAGCAGCAGGAGGAGGAGGAGGCCUGCCUGGAGGAGGACGAGGAGGAGGAGGAUGAGGAUGAGGAAGACCAGAGACCUGGCAAAGACUCAGAGGCCUGGGUCCCUGACUCGGAGGAGAGGCUGAUCCUGCGGGAAGAGUUCACCAGCCGCAUGCACCAGCACUUCCUGGAUGGCAAGGACGGGGACUUUGACUACAGCACCGUGGAUGACAACCCCGACUUCGACAACCUGGACAUCGUGGCCCGGGACGAGGAGGAGAGGUACUUCGACGAGGAGGAGCCCGAGGACGCGCCCAGCCCAGAGCUGGACGGGGACUGAUGGCUGCGGCCGCCCGCCACAUCCCGCCCGCACGAGGCCGCUGAUGACAGGCCAGCUCAGGGACUUUCUCUAAGCAAAAGCAGGGCGGUUGCCGGUACCACCAAGGCUGGUGGUGGUCUCCACGCCCUCUCCCCAACUGUGCCUGGGCAUCCCCCCUCCCCCUGUACCCCCCUUACCUCUCUCUCUCUGCCUUUCUAGCUCCUGCUGUCUCUGUCUCUCCCCACCUCCCUGCUUCUCCUUUCUGCCUUUCUCUUUCUUCCCUUCCCUCUGUGCCUUGGCCCCUGUCCCCAUAACAGGGCCCGGGAUGAACAUCCUCCCCUGGACCUAGGCCAGGGGGCCCUCUGGCUGGAGCUGGCCAGGUAGACCCCAGAGCAGUGCUGCACCACUCUGCCCCGCCCCCAAACCCUGCCCUGACUCUCCUGCACUCUGCACUGGGGUCUCCGGCUCGCAGGUGCCCCUCCUUGCCUGUUACCUUCUGUCUCCUGUGGACUCAGCUCUUGGGACCCAUGGCCACACAUUCCCAUCUCUCUCAGCCUCUGUGCUGGUUCUGUCCCUCUCCGCCUUUAUCUCUGGGUUUCAGGAUCCCCACCCCCUCCCCAGACCGUGAGCAUCCCCCAUCCUGGCUGCUGGGUAACCCAGCCUCGCUGUGGACAGCAGGGAGGCCAUGGGAGUGGCCACCUGCUCUCACCGCUCCCUCAGGACUCAGGUUUGGGAAAGGUGGGCAGGAGCAACGUGGGACCACGGGCCUGCCAGGUUGGAUGGGGGGACUCUCCCCUCCCAGCGUCCCUCUCCCAGCCACAAUUUUCCCUUCCUUCCUUCACUUCCUCCACCUCCCUCUCCCUCUCCUGUUUACACUCCCUGAAUACGCACAGGCUGUUAUCAUGGGUCCUGAGUCAUCCCACAUAUACACACAGCCGGCCCCAGCCUCCCUGCCCCCAGCCAGCCACAGAGCCGGCCCCAUGGAGCCCCCUGCCGCCCUGGGCUAAUGGGAGCCAGAUGGCCGCCUGGUGACUCAGCAGCUGGGCUGUGGGAACCCAGGCGUCCCGCCUUCCCAUGGCCCUGCACUCAGCUCAUGCUCCCCCAGCAGACAUACACAGAAGGGGCUGGCUGCUAGCGGGGGGAGGACACAGGCCAUGGGUUGGAGAAGAGGGGUGUGGGGACCCCUCACUCCUGUGAGCCAGGCCAUGGCCUGGCCUGAAAGCCCUCUCAAAACUGCCACCUCCAGCAUGUAGCCCAGGGUGAAAGGAGACCCCCAAGGACUCCUGGGGCCACAGCACUUGACCCCCAGGGCUUGGCUUUGCCCUCUGGGUCACCUGGAGGUAGAGCCAGACACACUAAGUGAAAGCUGGGCGGCUGGGGCUGGGGGUGGUCAGUGUGGUUCAGAGAGAUAAUUGAAUAAGGAAGCCUCCAGUUACUGAGCAAUUCAAUCCUGUGCCAGGCCCUGGCCAGGUGCCUGAUGCUGCACUGAACCCUCCAGACUGCCCCAGGAACCAAGGGCUCCAUUCCAUCCCGUGUGGGCCAUGGGCGGUCCGGAAAGGAGAUGUCACAUACUCAAGGCCAAGUCUUUGAGACCCCCUCCUGGCCUGCUUGUCCACUCUCAGGGCCACGUGGAGUGGACAGACGCACCUAUUUCUCGGGGGUACCGCCUGAAGGAGAGUUAGCUGCUGAGGCCGCUAACAGAGGAUGCCUUUGGGGCCCUCCUGGUAUGCUGGGCACUGUCCUUCCUCUCCACAGACGCAUGGAAUCUUCUAGUGUUUAGUCGGUACCUGAAUCACUGAACCAUCACAGAGAUCCCGUGCGGUACAUACUCUCAGCACUGACAGUGCAUCUCAGGAGGAGGCCCAAGGCUAUCCCAUCAGCCAGGCCCAUGGUUUGGAAAGGAGAAGAGGGUGGGGUGUUUGUCUCAGGUGCUUGUGUUCAUGCCCUCAAGUUGUGAGGGGUCUUUCAUACCACAAGUAUCAGCCCUGGAUGAUCUGUACAUUUUCCAUUGGAUGAUUAAAUCUGUGAUAUUCUGUGCCAUAGA